AUGAGCUAAACAGGCUAAAAGAGUGAGUGUGUGUGUUUGUGUAUAUGUGAGUGAGAGGACUAUGGUAUAUUAUGGCAGACGCUGUUGCAAAGUGUGUGCCACCAGUCCAGGACCCUGUUAGCCCCAUUGAGCGUGUGGGGGCACUUCGGUUGAAGCAUGGCUUCCGGCUAAGUGCAGCUAACUUGGAGAAAGCCCACCAGAAUGAGACGUUGGUGGAGGAAGGUUACCAGGUCACCAUGACUGAUGGACAAGAGGGUAAGGUGCAGGCCAGCUGUUCAAGCAAAGAUACAGGCACGCUGGAGGAGCCUGUUCCUCCGGAGGACCCAAAAAAUCCGACUGAACUGCCGACACAGGAGCCCCCUCAGGAAGAGCUUGCAGGUCCCAAAGAGGUGAUGUGUGAUUCCUGCAUUGAAACCCCUCACCCGGCAGUCAAGUCCUGCCUCACUUGCCUAGUGUCCUACUGCCAGGACCAUCUGAGGCCUCAUUUGGAGAGCGCCCGCUUCCAGAAGCACCGGCUAGUAGAGCCGCUGCGGGAUCUGGAGGGGCCCACCUGUGAGGGUCACCAUCGACCCCUGGAGCUGUACUGCCACGUCGAUGGUUGCUGUGUGUGCCAGGAGUGUGCCGACAAGGACCACCAGAACCACCCUACUACCCCUCUGGGGGAGGCUCGCCAGGAGAUAGAGAAAGAGCUGCUGCAGAAACAAGCAGAGCUGAUAAAGAUGCUGACUGCUGCCGAGAAUGCCAUAAUCAAGCUGCAGAACAACACCAACUCUAUCAAGAAAUCAGUGGCGGAGGUUAGUGUUGGCGUCGACCAGCAGUUCUUGGUUCUCCAGGCGGCAGUGGAGGAGGCCCAGAGGGGGGUGAGGGAGGUGCUAGCGGGUGAGGAACAGCAAGCACUUAGGAAGGCUGAGGGCAUCCGUGGCCACUUGGAGCAGAAGACCACUGAGCUAAGGAGGAUAUUGGCCCAGGUGGACAAACUCAACAAGAAUACAAGCAAUGUGGAUUUCCUGCAGGAGUACUGCCAGUGGAAAAAAUCCACCGUAGACAUCUCCCUGCCUGGGGUUUACAUCGAUCUGACAGGCCGUCUGGCAGCUUUCAGCCACGUUGUGGUCGAGUGCACCCAGGAGCUGUGCAGCCAGCUGCUUUCCUCUUAUACGGACAAACUUGCAGACAUGUGCAAAAGUGAGAAAUUGGCUAUCAAAACAGCAGUCCAUGCCAUUAUUGCUGUGAAUAAUCAACCCUCUGACCCUGCUCCACGGGUUCGAGAAGACUUCCUAAAGUAUGCCUCAAAUCUGACCUUUAACCUGAACACUGCACACAUGUUUCUGCGGCUUACCAAGGAGAACCAGAAGGUGGCUAACACGACACCGUGGCAGCACAGCUAUCCAGAUGUGCCGGAACGCUUUGAGCACUGGCGACAGGUGCUGACCGUGGAGAGCUUCUACUUGGGCCGCCACUACUUUGAGGUGGAAGCCAGGGGAGAAGGCGUGCAUGUGGGCCUCACGUACAACAGCAUUAACCGCAAGAGCCAAGGCAGUAGUGGCUGCAUCACAGGCAAUGACUUCUCGUGGUGUCUGCAGUGGAAGGGACGGAGCUUUUCUGCCUGGCAUGCUGAUGUUGAGACACCCUUGCUGGAGGACACAUUUGCAAGGGUUGGGAUCUAUGUGGACUAUGAUGGGGGAACGCUAGCCUUUUAUGGUGUGGCCAAUGGAAUGAUCCUCAUCCAUAAGUAUCAGGCCGAGUUUCUGGAGCCACUCUAUCCAGCCUUUUGGCUCCCAAAGAAGGAGAGCGCUGUCUUGAUAUGUGAUCCCAGGGAAGCCCUGCCUCAGAGUGGCUCCACUUUCAUGUCACCACCAUCAACUCCGUCAUCCCCCCUAGUCCCACACACUCCACUGCAGUAACACCCUCCUCCCUAAAACCUCCAAAGCAAAAUGACUAAUCUGGUCUACAUGUUUUAUCAAAAACAAAGAUUAUGAGACAGAUAUAGUGCCUCCAUGUGCCACUAAGAUUACUUUUAACAGUACUGUUUUGUGUUCACUUUAAACGUAUGUCUGACAUAUUUGAGUCUGACUGAUGAGCAGGUUCUAUGAUUAAAACUUCUGUGGUAUUGAAACCUGUUGCUUGAAGAUAAUUCAGAGUCCUUAAAAGUAUUUACGAGUUCAGUAAAAAUGCUAAGGUAAAUUAUAGUCCAGUUAAAUCAUUUUCAUGGUCUUUUCAGCAAAUGCAUUCUGCAGUUCAUGUUAAGUUUGCAGUGGUACAGCAAUA